CGCCCAUCUUUGCUUGCAAUUGUAUCUUCAAGAGUGUAAAGACGCUAGGAUAUCGCGAAGCAUCGCAGAUUGUCGCACUCACAGUCUUCGAAAAGGAGCUCGUUUUGGCGGGCAUCUGACAUAGACGACCACUUAGGGGGCUAGAACAGCGGGAAGUCAGGAUGUUUGAGGCGAGGCUGACUCAGGGAGUGCUACUCCGCAAGCUCCUGGAUUCCAUGAAGGAUCUUGUGCAGGAUGCAAACUUUGACUGCAGCAGCACUGGCUUCGCCUUGCAAGCGAUGGAUUCGUCCCACGUCUCACUCAUCCACAUGCAGCUGCGUUCGGAUGGCUUCGACCACUUCCGAUGCGACCGGAACUUGAGCAUGGGCGUCAGCCUCAACAACAUGGCGAAGAUAUUGAAGUGCAUGGGCAACGACGAUGUCCUCACCAUGAAGGCGGAGGACCAGGGCGACAGCGUGACGUUCAUGUUUGAGAGCGCCAACCAGGAGCGCAUCAGCGACUUUGAGCUCAAGCUGAUGGACAUCGACAGCGAGCAGCUGGGCAUCCCCGACACCGACUACUCCGCCACCGUCAAAAUGCCCUCCGCCGAAUUCGCGCGCAUCUGCAAGGAUCUGUCGACGAUCGGCGAUACGGUGCUGAUAGCGGUGACCAAAGACGGCGUGCGAUUCUCGACCACCGGCGACAUCGGAUCCGCCAAUGUCACCGUCAGGUCUCACAGCAACGUUGACAAGCCGGAGGAGCAGGUGGUGAUUGACAUGCAGGAGCCGGUGGCGCUCACAUUUGCCCUGCGCUAUCUCAACUCCUUCGCCAAAGCAACGCCCCUCUCCAACCAGGUCAUGAUCUCCAUGUCCAAGGAGCUGCCCGUGGUCGUCCAGUACCGCAUCGAAGACAUGGGCCACAUCAGCUACUAUCUUGCCCCCAAGAUAGAGGACGAGGAGAUGGAAGGAGACGAGUGAGAUGAUAUGGAUGGCACAUCUGCUGUGAUCUUGAUUUAAUUGGAAUCCUACUGACAUUCCCGAAAGGUUGUAUCUACUAACAAGCUGCAGCAAUGCUUUGGAAGGGGGUCAGGCUAGAGGUCCAGCGGUGCACAGACAGCUGCAAUUUGUCUUGUGACGUUUGAAAAAUACCACAAUGUCAUUAUAAUAUAUCUUCCAGGUCAUAUACGACUGAGUUGAUAUAUAUCAAGGGAGGCAGGUUCUGGGAUCUUUUACAAUACUUGUGUCAGGCAUCUGCAGAACUGCAGAAGCGCCUUUAACAUUGAGAAUGGAUGAAAUGUAAGGGGCCCAAGGCACAAU